AUGACUGUUGUAGAGAAUGAGAAAAAUGAGCUAAUUCCUACUCUCACCGUGAUGGGGUGGAGAGUUUGCAUUGACUACAAAAGGCUUAACAAAGUAACCUGCAAGGACCACUUCCAACUUCCAUUGAUUGACCAAAUGUUGGAUAGGUUGGCUGGGUAUGAGUACUAUUUCUUCCUUGAUGGUUAUUCGGGGUACAACCAUAUUAUCAUAUGCCCGGAGGAUCAGGAGAAAACAAUUUUCACAUGUCCUUGUGGUACUGUUGCUUUCAAGCGAAUGCUAUUUGGUCUUUGUAAUGCACCGGCUACUUUUCCGAGAAUUUGGGCAAGGUGUUGGCACGUUGUAAACAAAUUUGGUGCCAAAUUGGGAAAGUGCCAUUUAAUGGUGCAAGAGGGCAUCGUGUUGGGACAUAGAGUGUCAAAGAGUGGCAUUGAAGUUGAGAAGGCGAAGGCGAUAGGACAGCUGCAAAGGUUUUAUAGUCUGGGUUCUGUUGGCCAACAUUCUUCAUGGAUGCCUAUUCAUAUGUUAAGAACGUUUGACUACGUGUCAAAAUGGGUAGAUGUGAUCACAUUUCCAACCAAGGAUGCCAAGGUGGUAGCUACUUUUGUGAAGAAAAACAUAUUCUCAAGGUUUGGGACUCCACAUGCCUUGAUUAGUGAUGAAGGGACACAUUUCUGCAAUCGGUUGUUGAAUAACCUUCUAGCCAAAUAUGGGGUCCACCAUAGAGUUUUCACAACAUAUCAUCUGCAAACAAGUGGACAAGUUGAAGUGUCCAACAGAGAAAUAAAGCAGAUAUUAGAGAAGACAAUGAGUGUGAAUAGGAAAGAUUGGGCUGGAAAGCUAGAUGAUGCCUUGUGGGCAUCUAUAACUGCAUACAAAACACCAAUUGGGGCAUCCCCAUAUAAGCUUGUUUAUGGGAAGGUGCAUUGGGCGAUUAAAAAGUUAAAUAUGGACUUUGAAGCCGCGGGCGAGAAGAGUCUCUUGUAG